AUGAGAGCACAAUGGAAUGUUUUAGAUGGUAUUAGUGAUGAUGUUCACCGUCCUUGGAUGUUGUUAGGAGAUUUCAAUUUCGUUAUGCAUGAAUCUGAAAAACAAGGUGGAAUAGAUGCUAACUCGUUAAUACCUGAUUUCAUUAGAGCUAAGAUGAUAGAUCUUAAUUUUAAUGAAAUCUUUUCUUUUGGAAAUCCGUUUACCUGGUGUAAUAGGAGAUUUAGGAAUCCUGCUGAACUGAUCUUUGAAAAGCUUGAUAGAGGGUUUAUGAAUGAUAAAUGGGUGUCUCUCCUGCCUCAGACUAGAGUCACUAAUUUAGGCAGAGUUUAUUCAGACUACAGUACCAUCCUCGCAAACUGUUUUCACUCGGAACAAAAGCUUCACAUUCCUUAUAAGUUCUUCAAGUGCUGGCAAUUGAGUCCAGAUUUUAAAGAUGUUCUGUCUUCCUCUUGGUCCAAGGGAGUUAAGGGUUCUCCUAGCUUUGUAGUAGCUGGUAAACUCCGUAAUGUCAAAUUUGACCUUUGUCGUUAG